CCGCGGGGGAGACUCUCCUUCCGCGCAUGACGAGGGAUUCGGCGURGCACGAUGUCUUCACAAGGGCAUUAUGACCGGAACGAGCGUGACCGGGAGCGCGGCGAGUGGGACCGCGGGAGAAGGGACUGUGACUCUACUGACGAGCAUGGAGAACGAAGGUCGUACCGGCCUCCAACAUGCUUUGCAUGUAAUGAAGUGGGACACUACGCCAAUCAGUGUCCGAACAGGAGCAAACGCUACUCCAACGUGAGACCAACAACUUCGUCUGACUCACGGCGAGCCAGGUCCCCUAGGAGGUACGAACCAAGGUCACGCGAACCAUCUCCCACCUUGGAUCCGCAAAUCAGGAGCACCAUCGAGAAGCUCGGCAAGAGUGUCGCUGUUAUGGAGGAGCACUACGCCACGGAGCGUGAAAAACGAGAGCAGAAAGCACGUAAGAAGUUGGAGAAGGAAGAAGCUCAACGACGUGAGGCAGAGGAAGCAGCUCGUUUGGAGGAGGAACGCAUCACCGCGGAAAAGAAGGCUAGGAAACGGAAGCAGAAAUUGAUACUGGAGGAUCAGCGGCGUGCGGAGAUGCAGAAGGAUCUACAGAUCCAGCUUGUGCAUGUAGGCGACUUGGAGGAUCGCCUCAUUCAACGACUGAAUCAAGCUGUGGCGAGGCCAUCAAAGCUGGACCGUGGCAAGAAGAAGGUGUCAUACUGCUCGGAUGUUGACGAGUCUGCCUCUAGCCAGGGAUAUGCUAGUGAUACGAGUGUUACACAGGAGCUCGGCGCCUGUGUUGAUCGCCUGAAGAUUUCGAAGAAGCGGAAACGUGGCCCUGAGCCCGUAUUUGAAGACCCGAGCCCGCCAAUGGGGCUGUCCGCCAAGUGCACCCCGAAGCGGGGUAUCUUGAAGCCAGUCAAGUUGACUGGRCGAUUGACUCGCUCGAAGUCCAAGAAAGGUGGAGGAGGACUCACCCCGACAUCAGCCUCUAAGAAGAUCGCUACUCCUUUGUCCAAGCGGCGCACCCCGUCGAAGAAGAAGAAUCCGAGCUUCACGCCGCUCUCGAAAGCUUCCCUAGAGCGCCUGUGAUAUCGGGACAACGUUCUUCGGGAGCUGAAGGACCUUGAUGCCACGGAGCUGCAACGGA